UUUAAUUCUGUCUUUCUCGCCGUUAGCAUGGGGCUGUUAGUUGUUAGCUGUAGUUCAGCAUUAACGUUAGUUCUUGUCUCUACCAACACCCGGCUCAACAUUAUGGCUUAGUUUUUAGUGUUUUCUCUCAGUUGGCUUUAGUCUUGCCGAUAUUUUGAUGGAUUUGACCUUAGUUUGGUGUGUUAAAUCAGUACAAAAGUUCGUCUGUCAGUCUUCUUGGUUGGCUAACAGCAGUUAACGUUGGUAAACGUAAGGUUAGCUAACGCUAACUUUGCUAGCUUGUGCUAACGCAAGCCGAUGGAGUAAAGUAGCUUCAACUGUUUGAUAUACCGUUUUGUUCUUAUGGUCUGUGUUUGAGAAAGUGUUUUCCUUUAUAGCUAGUUAAGUGCUGUUUGGUAACGCCAAAUCCCAGGCCAGCUUACCCGGUUUGUAAGGUAAACGCUAACAUUAGCUUUAGCACUCAGUAACGUCACUCCUCGUUGAAUCUUCAUUUCAAACAAUCAUCUUACAUCAUCUGCUGCCAAAAUGAUGGACUUUGAUAACAUAUUGGACAUCGCCUCGCAAAACCAGGGCGUCAGCAGUGUACAGAAGAGGUACAGUCUACAAGCUGGACCACCUAAAAAGGACCCGAGGUCGAAAGGUGUGAGUGCUUCUGCUGUGCAGGCACUUUUGCAGAAGCAACGCAGUGAAAUGAAAAAGAAAGAAAUUGAAUCAAAGAAACAGAAGGAGGAGCUACUGGCCAAGAGGGUUGAGUUGAAGUCAGACCGUAAGGCACGAGCAAUGGCUUCCAGAACUAAGGACAAUUUCAGAGGCUACAAUGGCAUCCCAGUGGUAGAUGUGCCCAAGAAGAGGAGAUCAAAACAAGAAAUGCUGGAAGAAAGAUCAGCGAAUGAGGAAAGAUUUAGUAAUAACUCAGUUGACCCAGAGGAUGAUGAGGAUAAUUAUGAGUAUGAACAGUCAGAUUCAGAACCAGAGCCAGAACCGCUGAGACCUGGGAAAACUGCAGGUUUUAGUGGGAACAGUAGCAGCAAACCCUCCUCUAAAAAACCAAGUGGGCCACCCAAGCCCCCUCCACCUCCCAUGAACUUUGCAGAUUUACUCAAAUUGGCAGAGAAGAAGCAACAUGAGCCAGUUGAUGUGAAACCCAAGAUAGUGAAAAAAGAAGAAAGGCUCAGAACAGCUGAAGAGAUAAAAGAAUUGGAGAUGGAGCGCAAGGCUAAGAGACCGAAAGAAAAAGAGAGUAAGUCUCAGCCUAGCUCUAGUUCAGUAAGAAAAAACAUUUCCGAGAAGGAGCAGAAGAACUACAAAACGCAAAAAAACUCUGUGGAAAAGCCAAGUCUGCCCAGUGGGUCAGUGAAGAAGAUGCAUCCAACACCAACUAGUGACAAAGGCCACUCCUCUUCUUCCAAGCCCUCUGUUAGUGACAGAGAAAGGGAUAGACCCAAGAUGUCUCACAGUGAUAGAGACAGACCCAAGACAAGCUUGUCUAGUUCAUCUGGUGCCAUUAACAGUAAAGUUCCUUCGAAAGCCACAUCUUCUCAGGUUUCAGCCAAACAAGGGGGCCCCAGGCCCUCGUCUAGCCACAAACCCAGCACCUCAAGUGACCUUAUCCAUAAAAAAGAAAGCUCAUCAAGAGCCUCGGGUAUUCCUGGGACCAAGACCCCUGGUACAGCUGUAACAGUCCAAAGAUCUCAACAUGGAAGCUCCCAACAGACCAGGCCCAGUCAGGGUAGCUCAUCAAAGCAGGGACCUAUAGUUGGAGGCCACAAGUCUGGAAAGGGAGAACCACUAAGACCUGGUAUGAAUACUGCUCUAAAGCCAAGUGGUAAUUCGAUGAUGAGACCUUCGUCAGGCGUCCCUCCUAAGGCAGGUAGUCAUCCUCAGUCACGGCCUGGAGGCACACUCCAGGCAAAAACUGGUGGUGUCCCUCAGGCCAGGCCUGGCGGGAGUGGCCUACAGGGUCAACCUAAAGGUGGUGGAUCCCGACCUCCUGGGAGCGGACCUGGUCGGCCUGGUGGUGGAGGACCAGUGCCUGGACGACCGACUGGCAGCAUUGGAUCAGGACCUGGAAGACCCAAGUGCACUGUGGUGUCAGAGACCAUUUCAUCCAAGAAUUUUGGUGGACCCAGACCAGGAGCCCCUCCUCGGCCAGGCAUGCCACAGAGACCUGGAAUGCCACAGAGACCUGGGAUGCCACCCAGACUGGGAAUGCCACCUAGGCCGGGAAUGCCACCCAGACCGGGAAUGCCACCCAGACCGGGAAUGCCACAGAGACCUAUCAUGAACAGACCACCAGGUCCGAUGUUACCACCUAUCACUUCGGCAUACAAGAGGAAAUACGAGGAUGAGGAAGAGGAGUAUGACCCAGAAAUGGACGAUUUUAUUGAUGACGGAGGUGAUGAGCCAGAUGACAUUUCCAGGCACAUAAGGGAAAUCUUCGGUUACGAUAGAAACAGAUACAAAGAUGAAAGUGACUAUGCACUUAAAUUCAUGGAGAGCAGCUGGAAAGAUAUGCAGAAGGAGGAGGCCAGGAGCUUGAGAAUGGCUGUGCAGGAAGAUCUGGAGGAGGAGAAAAGAGAAGAAGAGGAGCUGAAAAGGAAAGAUGCCAAGAGGAAAAAGAAGAACUGAAAAGAACUUUGUGGUUAAGA